AGACACGAGAUUUCUAGUAUACACAGGCUGUCUACUGCUUUAGGUCAGCUGCGGGGCCGCCUGAGGUACAUGCGUAUAAAACCCGGUUGAACAUGGCGCGGGCUAUCGAGUCAGUAUGGCAGGUCUCCUCCACCCUCAGCUGCGCCCGUUCGAAAUCAACCCACAGACGGGGGAGCCGUACCUGCGCCUCGCUCCGCCUCUGUCGAACAUCAUAAUCACCCCGCCGCGCCUGUCGGACGUACCUUCCAAGGUCGAGGCCUUCAACGACCCCCGGGUGUACAGAUGGGUGUCGAGCCCGCCUUGGCCAUACCUGCCUGAGCAUGCCGUCCAGUGGUUGACUGUCAUAAUAGAAGAGGCGAACGCGGUAUGGAACGAGCUAGUGAAGGCAAGCGUCGAGGAGCCCGACGCGGCGCCGAAGAUCGUCUCGACCUGCCCGGUGCGAGUCAUCCGAGAGCAGAAGGAGGACGGGAGCGAUGUGCCCUUGGGCGACUGCGGGUUCAUUCGGUGUAACUUCGAUGAGAUACUGGACGUCGAGGAGAAACGAAAGCAGUCGGAGGAGAAUGAGGCGCGCCCCGUAGGAGACCCGAAUAUUAUCUGGCAGAUCGGAGGUACGUACCCCAGCGUGAUGACAGGCGACCAGUCCUGAAGACCAAGCGGCCUCGCAGACUACCUGACGCCGUCGCACCACGGGCAAGGCAUCAUGACGGCGGUGAUCGGCACGCUUAUGCGUGAGUGGGUGAUCCCCAGGAUGGGGGUGCGACAUCUGCGACCGACGGUGUUCGAGGGAAACCCAGGGAGCGUGCGGGUGUUCGAGAAGAAUGGAUUUGUGGUGACUCGGACGGUGAAGGACGCGGUGGAGGUCAAAAGCAAGGGAGAGUUCCCUGCGUCGAGACGGACGAUACACGUUCUGGAGUGGAACGCCGAGUAGAACGAGCUGUAUGUACGGAUUGUGAAGUGGUCUCCACGGCUGAGACCAAGGAUUGCAAUGAGAAGGGGACCGCCGCUGCUGC